AGCGUUUUAUUGUGAAGGCGACCGGCGGAAGUGAUCGAGCGUCACCGGAAACACGGGCUGAAGCUUCUUUAAGUUUGUGUGAAAAUGAGUUCCAUCGGAACCGGGUAUGACCUGUCUGCCUCCACUUUCUCCCCUGAUGGUCGGGUCUUCCAGGUGGAGUACGCCAUUAAGGCGGUGGAGAACAGCAGCACAGCUAUCGGGAUCCGCUGCAAAGAUGGAGUCGUGUUUGGGGUGGAGAAGCUCAUUUUGUCCAAACUUUACGAGGAGGGGUCCAACAAACGCAUCUUCAACAUUGACAGACACGUUGGCAUGGCGGUAGCAGGCCUGUUAGCUGAUGCUCGCUCACUCGCUGAAGUAGCCAGAGAGGAAGCCUCCAACUUCAGGUCGAAUUACGGACACGACAUUCCUCUGAAGCACCUAUCUGACAGAGUGGCCAUGUAUGUGCAUGCGUACACGCUGUACAGCGCAGUGAGGCCGUUCGGCUGCAGCUUCAUCUUGGGUUCGUAUGACAAAGACGACGGUCCUCAGCUCUACAUGGUCGACCCGUCUGGUAUCUCUUACGGUUACUGGGGGUGUGCGAUCGGGAAAGCAAAGCAAGCUGCCAAGACGGAGAUUGAAAAGCUGCAGAUGAAGGACAUGACGUGUCGAGAGCUGGUCAAAGAAGUCGCUAAAAUAAUCUACAUCGUUCACGACGAAGUGAAAGACAAGGCCUUUGAGUUGGAGCUCAGCUGGGUUGGAGAAGUCACAAACGGACGACACGAGUUCGUUCCUAAAGACGUCAAGGAGGAAGCAGAGAAAUACGCCAAGGAUUCGUUGGAAGAAGAGGACGACUCUGAUGAAGACAACAUGUGAGCCCAGAGCUGCUGCUGCUGCCUCCGGUCUCCUCUUCGUCUUUUAUUGUUCGUCGCUUCCUUUGUUUUCACAUUUGGAAAUAAAAUUCUGGAAAUGUU